AUGAGCCGGCCUAACUCAGUCUCUAGGAAGAAGGUGGCCAUCGUGGGCAGCGGCUGUGCGGGCAUAGCAGCUCUCUGGGCUCUCAACCGCACACCCCACGAUGUCUACGUCUACGAGGCCGCCGAUCGCCUCGGCGGCCACACAAAUACCGUGCCAUGGACCCGGGGGAAGUAUAUGACAGCGGUUGAUACUGGUUUCAUUGUGAUGAAUUCGGCAACAUAUCCGAAUUUCAUCAACUUUCUUGAUAAGAUCGACGUGCAGAAGGAGCCAACGGAAAUGACCUUUGGUGUUUCACGCGAUCAUGGUCUCUUUGAAUGGGCGGGCACGAGUCUGGACUCUAUCUUCACCCAGCGAAGGCACAUCUUCUCUCCGAGGAUGUGGCGCAUGAUGUUCGACAUUGUCCGCUUCAAUCAGUUCGCUCUGGAUCUGCUGGCCGAUGACGAUGGCCAACGAAACACAGCGUACCAGGUCAACGGGAAUGGCAAUGUUAAUGGUGGGCCCGCGCCCAAGUUUCUCAAGGUCGAAGAGACUAUUGGGGAAUAUCUCCUAAGGGAGGGCUACUCGGAUGCUUUCCGUGACGACUAUCUCAUCCCCAUGACCGCCGCGGUGUGGAGCACGAGUCCCGACAAAUGCACGCUGGAGUUUCCUGCUGUCACUCUGGUGCGCUUCCUCUGGAACCAUCACCUACUGUCCACGAUAGCGACCCGACCUUCAUGGCUCACUAUCAAAGAGGGCUCUCAGAGCUACAUCGAUGCUGUGAUGAAGGGGUUCCCGCCCAACCACUUAUUCCUGAACACCCCCGUGAAGUCAGUUACAAACGAAGGAGAUGGGCGAGUGAGGGUGCACUUGCACGACGGCAACAGCGAAGUUUACGACCAUGUUAUCCUCGCAACACACGGCGAUCAGGCUUAUCAAAUCAUCAAGGACACUGCAACCGCUGAAGAGAGGUCGAUCAUGUCCAAGUUCCAGACCUCCAAAAACACGGCGGUUCUCCAUUCCGACCUCACGCAUAUGCCUGCCUCUCGCAAGGCCUGGUCAAGUUGGAACUACAUGACCCUGUCAUCUCCUUGGUCGGGAAAGUCCAAUAUCGACCAGGUCUCGCUCACUUACAAUAUGAACAUCCUGCAGCAUAUCCCUCGCUCGACCUUCGGCGACGUCCUUGUCACCCUCAAUCCUCUACACGAGCCAGAUCCCAAGACCGUCCAGGGCCGCUAUGAGUACGCGCACCCUCUAUACAACGGCGACUCGGUGCGUGCACAGGCCUUGCUUCCAAAGAUACAGAAUCGAAGGGGCAUAAGUUAUGCAGGAGCGUGGACCAAGUACGGAUUCCACGAGGAUGGGUUUAGCAGUGGGCUGCGGGUGGCUAAGAACCACCUGGGCGCCCGAUUGCCGUUUGACUUUGUCGAUUCGACAUACAGCCGAGGCAGGGCUCCAGUAUUGGGUUUGAUGGAUCACUUUGUGAGGCUCAUCAUCUUAUUGAUACACGUGUUCGUGGUAUUGCCGUUGGAGAGGAUUGUGGCAACAUUGGGCUCAAUUGAGAAGAAGGCUGUUGUUGGUCACAUCAAUGGGCACUUGGGGAAAUUGAAGGGACAGUAA